AUGGAUCCAGAAACGGUGCUCGAGUCACUCGCGAGAGAAAAGGGCGUCGUACUAACGCACCUCUCCGAGAUCAACAGCAAGUACUCACGGUCGGCCAAAGUCGCGUGCUGCGGUGGACUCAUGACGCGCCUAGUGACGGAGAGUGCCGCUGACUCCAUGGUGCUCCUGCGUGACGGCAGUGGCUCGUGUUACUGUGCUCUGCACGGGGACAUCACCAACCGCUACCCCGAUGUUUUGACCACCGAUGCGCUUCUGCUAUUCACGGACAUCACGGUCCUGGUCAUCUCCUCCAAGGUGCCGCCGAUGCUGAUUGCGUGUUUACAGAACCUUGCCGGUCUCUUGCUGCCUGAUAAAGCAGCGAGUGCCGCUGCUGCUGCUACGGCGUCGAGGAGCGCCGCGGCAGCAGGGACGCGACCCGCGCCGGCGUGCAACCUCCUUGCUCGCGGCUCUGUGCCCCAUAAUGAUGACUCCACUCGCUCAGACACGUGGCAGCCGGAUACCUUCACCGGUGGCCAAAGAGGAUACGAUGCCGUAGACACGUUCAACGACUCCGAUGGCGCUGGAGACAGCUACACUGAGCCGCACGCUUCUGUAGGCGCAGUCCUUUCGACCCAGCCCACCCUUGGUGGGGAGCGUCACGAUAGCGUCCCGGCGGAGAAGAGAGUGCGCACAGAGAACACUACUGCAUCAGCUGCCCUCGAGGUGGAUGACGAAGACGAUGCGGAGUGCUUGGAGCUAGUGGAUGGGAUGUGA